UUCCCCCCCGCCAGUUGCGGGGCUGCGCCGCCCCUUUAAGAGCAGCGGGGCCAGGCAGCCGCCCCUAGGAGAGCGCAGCCGCCCGGCCGGCCGGCUCCGGAGGAGGCAGCCGUGCGGACGAGCUUCAGGCACAGGGGGUUGCGCAGCCGGCCCGGAGCUGGGGUGGCCACCCCGCCCCCAGCCCCUCAAUUCCCCUCAAACCCGGGGCCGGGGCCCUCCCCAUAGCUCGGCUCCGCCCCGGCCCCGCCCAGCCCAGGCCGCCGGACCUGGAGCCUGGACCACUGUAUUGCAACCAGAGGCAGGGCUGGGGCUGCUGGCCAGAGUUCUGCCGGGGCAAAGAGAUGGAGGAGAAGGCACUGGAGGUGGGCAGCUGUGGGCUGGGGCCAGGGGCUGUGGCAGUGGCCCUGGAGGAUAUGGCAGGGCGCCCUGGCCCCACAGAGCCCCCGCUACUGACCACACACCUGAAGAAAGUGGAGAACCACAUCACAGAAGCCCAGCGCUUUUCUCAUCUUCCAAAGCGCUCUGCAGUUGAUGUAGAAUUCGUGGAGCUGUCCUACUCAGUUCGAGAGGGACCCUGCUGGCGCAAGAGGGGUUAUAAGACCCUUCUCAAGUGUCUGUCUGGGAAGUUCUGCCGAAAGGAGUUGAUCGGUAUCAUGGGGCCCUCAGGAGCCGGGAAGUCCACGUUCAUGAACAUCCUAGCUGGCUAUCGGGAGUCUGGAAUGAAGGGGCAGAUCUUGGUGAACGGGCGACCUCGCGAGCUGCGGACCUUCCGCAAGAUGUCCUGCUACAUCAUGCAGGACGACAUGCUGCUGCCUCAUCUCACCGUGCUAGAGGCCAUGAUGGUCUCUGCCAACCUGAAGCUGAAUGAAAAACAGGAAGUGAAGAAGGAGCUGGUGACUGAGAUUCUGACGGCUUUGGGGCUGAUGUCCUGUUCCAACACGAGGACAGCCAUGCUCUCUGGGGGGCAGAGGAAGCGGCUAGCAAUUGCUUUGGAGCUUGUCAACAACCCACCCGUCAUGUUCUUUGAUGAGCCUACCAGUGGACUGGACAGUGCCUCCUGCUUCCAGGUGGUAUCACUAAUGAAGUCCUUGGCUCAGGGGGGCCGGACCAUCAUCUGCACCAUUCACCAGCCCAGUGCCAAGCUCUUUGAGAUGUUCGACAAGCUCUACAUCCUGAGCCAGGGUCAGUGCAUCUUCAAGGGCAUGGUCACCAAUCUGAUCCCUUACCUGAAGGGACUGGGCCUGCACUGUCCCACCUACCACAACCCCGCGGACUUCAUCAUUGAAGUAGCAUCGGGAGAGUACGGGGACCUGAACCCCAUGCUGUUCCGGGCAGUACAGAACGGGCUGUGCACUGUGGCAGAGAAGAAGGACAGUGUGGAGAAAAACCACGUCCAGUCCCCGUGUCCCGCUUGCCCUCCAGAAGUAGACCCCAUCGAGAGUCACACCUUCGCCACUAAUACGUUCACCCAGUUCUGCAUCCUCUUCAAGAGAACCUUCUUGUCCAUCCUUAGAGACACGGUCCUGACCCACCUUCGAUUCAUGUCCCACGUGGUGAUUGGGGUGCUCAUCGGUCUCCUGUACCUGCACAUCGGGAAUGACGCCAGCAAAGUCUUCAACAACACGGGCUGCCUCUUCUUCUCCAUGCUCUUCCUCAUGUUUGCUGCCCUGAUGCCUACUGUUCUUACCUUUCCCCUAGAAAUGGCUGUCUUCAUGCGGGAGCAUCUCAACUAUUGGUACAGCCUCAAAGCAUAUUACUUGGCCAAGACUAUGGCUGAUGUGCCCUUCCAGGUGAUUUGCCCCAUGGCUUACUGUAGCAUUGUUUACUGGAUGACCAGCCAACCGGCAGAAGCCACCCGAUUCCUGCUUUUUUCUGCUCUGGCCACAGCCACUGCCCUGGUAGCUCAGUCUCUGGGGCUACUGAUUGGGGCUGCAUCCAACUCCCUACAGGUGGCCACCUUUGUGGGCCCGGUAACUGCUAUCCCUGUCCUCCUCUUCUCUGGCUUCUUCGUUAGCUUCAAAACCAUCCCCACCUACCUGCAGUGGAGCUCCUACCUCUCCUACGUCAGGUACGGCUUUGAGGGCGUGAUCCUGACCAUCUAUGGCAUGGAGCGGGGGGACCUGGACUGCUCCGAGAACUCCUCCGGAUGCCCGUUCCAGAAACCCGAGAGCAUCCUCCACCAGCUGGACGUGGAGGACGCCAAGCUCUACAUGGACUUCCUGGUCCUGGGCAUCUUCUUCCUGGCACUGCGGCUGUUGGCAUACCUUGUGCUCCGCUACCGGGUGAAGUCGGAGAGAUAGAGCCCCCCUUCCGCGCCACCCCGCCUUCAGCCCUCUGGGACUGUUUUAACCUCAGAGACUUGGGAGCUAGUUGCUGGUGCAGCCAGCCCACCCCCUCCGCCCCUGCCCCGUCAGUGUCGAUCUGCUCCACGGAUUUUGGGGUCCUCCUGGAGGACGGCAGAAGGUUCUCAACGUCCUCCCUCAGUCCCAUCACCUCCUGUGUUUUGAUGCAGUUUGUGGCUUCCUUCUCACCUCUUUCUCAACACCUGCAUGCAAAGGACAUUUGUUGGGCUACGGUAGCUCCCUUCCUCCCAGUCUCCCACUCCCCUGCCCUGCUCAGAGCCCUCUUUUUCUCCCUCUGUCUAUCUGGGGGUGGGCAGAGGCCACCUGAGUUUCGCCUCCAGAGACUCCCCCUUACAACUGACCAAAGUGCCCCCUCCUCUCCCCAGGGGGUCUCACCAUGCAAGUGUUUGUAAAUUGGGCUGUUGUUAUAGUACCCAGGGCUGGUCCCUGGCUGGAUUCCCCGGAAAGUCCCAUUAUGAAUUUGAUUAGGGGGAGACUCUGGUAGUCAUAGCCCCUACCCCAACUCUAGGCUGCUGGAACAAUCUCUUGAGGCAGAGGCUGGAAAUUCUGUCCUUGACUGUCCCUCUCAGACCCCAGGGGAGGUAAGGCCUGGGGUCUUAAGGUGCCCCAUCUCUCUUCUCCAUCUUGACUUGGCAGGGGGAUGGUGCACACUGGCACCUUAGCAAUAAUGCCCAUGUUUCUUUUGCCCUCAUUGGAACUGGAGAAUGCACUUUAUUUUGGGCGGUAGAGGCGGGUGGAGAGGCUGAGGGGAUGACCUUGAUCCUGUUCUCCUGUAGUGGGCCAGACCUUCCCAUCCCCUCUCCAGACCCUCAGCACAGGCCCACAAUCAUCACCUGGUCCUGGGAGAGGGACUCUGUGGAGGGGGGUGGAUGUGACCUUCCAAAAGCCCCGGAGGCGGCUUCUGCUCAGGAUCAUCAGAAGGACCUGGGUGGGUAACUCCUCUCCAGUCUUCUCUCCCUCUACAAAGCCAGGGGCAGGCACAGGGCACUCCCUCCACCUGUAUUUCAGGACCUGGCACAAGCACAGGCAGCUGGCACAAGUUGGCCUUGGCCAGCUCACCAGAAUCCCUUCUCCCUGUGCCCUUGGGCAUGCCUCCCUGGGGCUGGGACCCCCGACACCCCCUUCCCUCUCCCCUCGGCUGCUUGGUCCAAUCUUCUGGCCACCCCUCUGCCUCCUUCGGCCAGCCGAGGCUGCCCCUGGGCACGAGAGCACCACUUCAGGGACCAGAGUGACAGACACAAGGAGCAUUUCUGGUUCCCUGGGGGGGGGUCCAGGACCCCUGCUGCUGAGCUCCCUGGCCUGGGGCAGGGGAUGGCUGGCUCCUCUCCACUCUCCCCCACCCCCUGCAGACCCACAGUCUUCCAUCCCAGGGAGGCGCCAGUGUGUUUGUGGGAUUUCACUCAUUAUUAAUAAAACCUAUAUUUAUACGGUAC